GACCACCACCUGUCUCGCGCCCAAUGAACCGGCCAUUCAACUUCGGGCCCGCCCCACUCAGCGGGUGACUUCGACUAGUCCAGAUUUGGGGCAUGAUCCCAUGAAUGGGGGGUGCCUGGGCCAGCCCAAGUCCAGUUUCUUGGCCGAGCAGUUUCGAAUCCACGUUCGAACCUGGGGAUGUUCUCACAAUAAUUCCGAUUCGGAGUACAUGAUGGGUCUGUUGGCUCAGGAAGGCUACGUAUUAACGGAUCAAUCCGACGAAGCGGAUCUAUGUCUCUUUAACUCGUGUACAGUUAAGAGUCCGGCCGAAGACCAUUGUCGGAACGCGGUCGAGCGAGCCUUGAGCGCGGGACAAAAAGUGGUGGUAGCCGGUUGUGUGCCCCAAGGACAGAGGGAUGGGGCUUUUUUGCAGAAUGUCUCGCUGUUAGGGGUUCAACAGCUCAAGCGAGUGGGUACGGUGGUUGAGGAGACGCUCAAAGGCCACCGUGUCACUUACCUGCAAGGCCGAAGCCAAUAUUCAGAGGGCUAUGACCUUUUCAUGCCCAAGGUGCGCAAGAACGCCCAGGUCGAGAUCUUGGCCAUCAACUCGGGCUGUUUGAACCAUUGUACCUAUUGCAAGACUAAGCACGCCCGUGGUCAGUUACGCAGCUUCCCACCCAAUCUAUUAGUGGAAAGGGCCCGCCAGACUUGGACCGAAGGCGUGACCGAAAUUUGGCUCACCUCGGAAGAUACGGGGGCCUAUGGUCGGGACCUGGGCACCAAUAUUGCGGCCUUGCUCCGCCGUUUGGUAAGGGUUAUCCCUUCCGGUUGCCGUUUGCGGUUGGGAAUGACAAAUCCUCCGUACAUUUUGGAUCAAUUGCCGGAGAUAGCUGAGAUUCUACGUCACCCCAAAGUGUACUCAUUCUUGCACCUACCGAUACAAGCGGCGAGUGAUGGGGUUUUGCGGGAUAUGAAACGCGAUUACACACAGCAAGAUUUCCGAGAAUGUGUCGAUUUUUUGAGAGCUAACGUUCCUCACAUCCAUCUUGCCACAGACAUCAUCUGUGGAUUUCCUACGGAAACUCCCGAGGAUUUUGAGGAAACAUUGGACUUGUGCGAUUUCUACCGUUUUCCUUCUCUAUUCAUUAACCAAUUUUUCCCCCGUCCGGGCACCUUGGCUGCCAAAAUGCAAUGCGUGGCCACCAAGCAAGAAGUGAAGAAGCGUACAAAAGCUCUUCAUGAGCUUUUCUAUUCCUACUCGCCUUUGGACGAUCGUCUUGGACAGAUUCAUUCGGUGCUCAUAACCGAUGUCUCGCAUGACAAGCGGUUUUGGGUGGCACACAACCUUUGGUAUGAUCAGGUAUUAAUAAACAAAGAGCAGACAAAUGUGGAGCCGGGUCAGUUAGUCUGGAUUCGUAUCACCAAUGUUACAAAGUUCUCAGUGCACGGUGAACCUUUAACUGGUCGUGGCGUCUUAGCAAUGCUAUUGCUCAAAAAAUCUUCGUUAAAUCCUCUCUCCAUUAUGGCAAUUGUCUUCACUUGGCUUAUUGUCAUGCUGAACUUUUUGUUGUCACUGGGAGUUCAACUUUACUUGAAUUAAUGUCGUUUAUCGAACAUUGAUUCAUAAUAAUGCAUGGCAAGUGAUAUAAAUUGUAUCGGUAAUUUGAUACAUGCCCAAUGAUCGAAUAAAUUUUCAAAGAAAGGCUU